AUCUCGCCCCAGACCGAGACUCAGGGACAGCGAAGAGGGCAGCCGGCCAGCGUGGACUAGAAUAUUAUGAAGUACUUCCAGUGAUAGGUGAUAUCAUGGCGCUGUCUAAGCUACAGUUCAUAGUCAGCACGAGGAAAAACAACCUAGUUGACAGCACUACCUGAGUGGCUCACAUUCUCAGUUUCUCACGGGUUCUGGACAUGACGAGUGGUGGCCAGUGUCGCGUGCACAGGGGUACGCCAUACCGGGAAGAGAUAUACAGCCAUCUACAGGCAGUACGCAGGGGUUGCCGUUAUGUGUGAAUCAAGUGCGAAGUAUGUCCAGGGUUAAGAGACGGCACUCUCUUCCUCCAUUUUGGUUGCCCAAAACUACCCGCACAAUAUAUCCUGAGCACAUUACAUCAGAGAAUGAAAGCUUUGUGAAGGAUGUCAUUGAAGAACAGUUUUCCUCUCCUCUGAAGGUGAACCCUUGGGAGAGAGGAGAGUGGGACAAAAGCUCACUGAGAUGUGGAGUAAUUGCUCGAAAAAUUGGUAUAUAUCCAAUGUGGACUAGAGAUGGCUCAAGAAUGUUGACAACACUUUUACAGGUUUCAGAAAACCAUGUGAUCAAGUAUAUUCCACCUGAAGAUCUGAUUUCUCAUGGCACCAAACGAAGGUAUAGAGAACUUGGCGCUCUGGUGGUUGGUGCUGAUUCUCUUGACCCCCGAAUAAUCACAAAAGAAUAUUUCAGUAUGUUUUCUGAAACUGGUAUAAUGCCCAAAAAGAAGAUGAGCAAGUUUCUUAUCACACCCAAUGCAAAGUUGCCCCCAGGGACUCCUCUCUACGCUUCCCACUUCCAGCCUGGGAAUUAUGUAGACAUUGCUGGCACCACAAUCGACAGAGGGUAUCAGGGGGUAAUGAAGCGGUGGGGAUUCAAAGGCAUGCCAGCCUCCCAUGGAGUAACAAAGAGCCAUCGCCGGGGAGGGACGAUAGGCAGUGGAGGUGAGAAAGCCAGAGUUAUUCCUGGCCAGAAGAUGCCGGGCCACAUGGGAAGAGAGAAGAGAAUUCUACGGGGUCUGAAAAUAUGGCGAGUGAACACUCUCCACAAUGUUCUCUGGGUACAAGGUCCGGCUGUUCCAGGAGGUGUAGGUUCCUAUGUUUACAUAUAUGACUCCAUACUCCCUCAUCGCCAACCCACGUCUGAGAAUCAUCCACCAUUCCCAACUUUCUUUCAAGAUGAGGAGGAUAUAGAGGAAGAACUAUAUGAUGAAGAAUUGCAUGCAUUUAAUCAACCUUCCAUUCAGUUUGCUGAGAAGUGAAGAAUUUGUAUAAUUUCCUAUUUUGGGAAUAUAAGUAAAUUCUUGUCUUGUAACAAUUUGUAUAUAUGUUCAUAUUAUAUAAGCUUAAACAUU